AUGACUAAUGAUCGUCAUGCUUGUGUCGAUCAUCAGAAAGAGUUUUUUCGUAAUCGACUCUUCCAUUCUACAAGACAUUAUGUUUUACGAGAUCAAGUCCCGCCUAACUCCAAAACCUCCCAUGCUCAACUACUCUACAAUAGAUGGAAAGAAGGCACCGGAAAACAAAUCUUUUCGCGACGCCUCGGCAUUGAAUACUCUAUGAAUUACCUGGCUGGAAACCCUUUCACAUCUCACUUAUUCACGGAAAUCGGUAAUCCCGAUGCUAAUGUUUACAAGUUUAACAUCCCAUUUUACGAACCCCUAGGUGUACCUCCAGUCUCUCAAGAAGACCUCUCAUUAGAUGAACCUAAACUCAGGUUCUCUGGUAUAUUCAAAGUUGAUCUACCCUCUAACGCACCCCGACUUAAUUUAAAUUCAUCAGGAAUCCAGAUGAAUAAUUUUAAUUUCAACCAAUUGACAGACGCUUCGGCGUCUAACGACAUUAUUACUUUCUCUCCACAUCCUGCACACACCAUGGUCGCCACAGUGGAAAAUUACGACCCACAUCAAAGGAACGUGUGCGAUCCACUUAAACCUUUCGUCCCUAGAUCUCCCAUCUAUGAUGAAUACGGACAUUACUUACCACCCGAUUCUGUUGGAUGGCGUACUAAAUUGAAGCCUAAAGAAUUUCAAUGUCGGCUAGAUAAGGCCAAACGUAAAUCAACCCUACACAUUUAUCAUGGCACUAGUGCCAAACACCUUCAACGUCGUCUAGAUACUACGACCCACCUUACCACCGUACAAACUACCUAUCACCGGUACAUGAACUAUGCGACCGGCACUUGUUCAGACCGCCUUUACGAGCGUGAACGACAACGUUACCAGUCUUAUCUGGAUUCUCUCCCUAAAAAAUAUAUGCUCCCACACCUCGAGGACAUCGCCUAUAAUGACACCUCUGACGAUACUAAACGCCUCGAAGUUCGUCUUAAGAAACGGGACACUCUUAAUAACCUCUGCGAUCGUUAUCUUCACAGAGACCAAAUUAAACGUAUACGACUGGAUACAGAUUACCCUAUUGACUCCCCUGUUUCUAGUUCAAACAAAUCUUAG